AAGAUCCGUGUUUUUCUUUUUCUUCUUCUCCUGUUUCCUGUGCGUGGUAUAAACUUCCGGGUCGGCUUUCAUUCUGUAACGCGCAGCAGCGGUUCGGCUGAUUUUGGAGGUUCUGCUGGACCGAGCUCGGCCGGUUUCGGUACCGCGAUGGCGGCGCUUCAUCCCGGUGACCCGCAGCUGGUGUCGAUGAUCGUCAAUCACCUGAAGACGGAGGGGCUGUUCGAUCAGUUCAGGAGGGACUGUCUGGCGGACGUGGAUACAAAGCCGGCGUAUCUACACUUACGGCAGCGAGUCGACAACUUCGUGUCCAACCAUCUGGCCAAUCACACGUGGAGUCCACAGCUGAACAAGAACCAGCUGAGGAACAGCAUCAGACAGCUGGUCCAGCAGUCCGGUAUGCUGGAGCAGGGAGUGGACCGGAUCGUGGCUCAGGUCGUUGAUCCGAAGGUCCAUCACACCUUUCGUCCGCAGGUGGAGCGAAUCGUCCGGAAGUUUCUGUCUCCAAACAGCCACAUGGAGGAGGACGAACUUCCUCCUGUAGCCCCGCCCCCUCCUGUGGAGAACCAGGAACCGGAACUGCUCACCGCAGAUGAUGGAAAUGAAGCCGCUGCGAGUUCCAGCGCUGAUGUUCAGAUCCAGACGAGCGUUACCGACCCGAUCCAUGAUCCCACAGAGGACGAGACGAUGGACAUCAGCCUCCCUGAGGAAGAGGAGGAGCGUGGCGCAGAGAUGAAGGACGAACCGCAGGAGGAGCCUGGGAAAGACGGGGGACAGGAGGAAGAAGAGGAGAAGGAUGCGGAGAUGGAGGAGGUGAAGGAGGAGGGAGACGCGGGGAAAGAGAACAGCAGUAAAUCCUCAGGGAAGACGAGAGAGGAGAACCGGGAAACGGACUCGCAGAAACCCUCCAGCGUCAAACAGAAGACCAGAGAGCGGCUGAGAGAGGAGUACUCACUGGAGGACUCAGAUCUGGAGGCUCUCAGUGACAUCACCGUGAGUUCGGUCCACACCAGCGAUCUGUCCUCGUUCGAGGGCGACAGCGAUGAUGACGAGCCGCCGUCUGAGUCCACAGAGGAGGGAGAGAUCAGCUCUGAGGAUGAGGGCGGACGGAAGACGGGUGAGGACGCUGAGGGAAGCGGGGAGAAGAAGCCUCGCGGCGUGAGACAGGGAUACGUACACAAACCCUUCCUGUACUCGCGCUACUACAGCGACUCUGAUGACGAGGUGACGGUGGAGCAGCGCCGGCGAUCGGUGGCCAAAGAAAAAGAGGAGCGUCUGCUGAAGCGGCAGCAGAACCGUGAGCGAAUGGAGGAGAAACGCCGGCUGAGAGCAGCGCAGAAUGAGGAACAGGAUCGGAAGAAACAGGCGGAUCAGAGACCGAGAGCCAAAGAGGCUCGAAAAGAGAAGAAGUUCCUGGAGAAGAAAGUGGCUCUGAGCAGACAGAGAAAGAGAGACUCCAGAAAAGAGGAUGACAGGAAGAAAAGUGACACUGAGGGUGAUUCAGCCAACAAAGAUGUGAAGGCGGUGAGUCUGAAGUCAGGACGACGGCUGUCUGAUCUGGAAGAGCAGCGCAGGAAGAAGGCAGACGGUGAAGAGAAACCCCCUGACAAAAACCGUGUUCACUCCUUCAUCCUGGACCUGGAGCUGGGAACGGAGGAACGUCAGAGGAAAGCAGUUCGGAAAGACUCGCACUCCAAAGAAAAGGAGCGCAAGGAUAAGGAGAAGGAAAAAGAGCGCAGCGGCGGCCCUGAUGAACGACUCAAGCACAAACUCAGGAAGACUGGAGACGCCGCUGGAGACACUGAGAAAGACGGAGGGGCUGCGAGAGGAGGAGCAGCUGAUGAGAAGAAGGGGGCAAAGGUCAAGCCGGACAGGAAAAGUUCUGUGUCAUCCCGAGAAAUCAAGACGGAAGCUGCGGAUGAAGGGAACCUAAAGAAAGGAAAGACGGCCGUGGGUGAGAAGGAGAAACCGAAGGUGAGCGGCAAGAGCCUCCGCCGUCUGGACUCCACCGGCUCCUCAGAGGAGAGGUCAGAGGUCGAGACAGGUUCAGAGGUCAGCCGGAAGAAAGACAAGCACCCUAAAGAUAUUCUGAAGAGGUCAAAGAGUCAUCCAGAGGCUAAACCGGGAGAGAAGCUCAAGGUGAGGUCGGAUAGGAAGGAUUCAUCUGCAGACAAGUCUCAACCGCAGAAAUCCAUCUCGGAAAAUGAGAGCGACGUCCGAAAGGUGGAGGCAGGGCCGAAGGUCAAGUCCCUAUCUGAGAAACACAAGUCUAAAUCCCAGAAUCCUGCGGCAGGCAAAUCGGACAAAAAAAGUGAAACCAAGACUAAAGCAGGAAGCACAGAACAGAAGAAAGAGGAAAGGAAAACGUCGGAGGAGAAAGCGAAGGUUGCGAAGAAAACAAGUGAGAAGAAGGUGCCGAAAGAUUCCGAGAGGAAGUCCGAAGAGAAGGAGAGUUCUGCCGCACUGGAACCCGCGGCCGUCUCCAGCACCACACCUCUACCGGACGACCCUUACGGCGCCCUGAGCGACGUCACUCCCGAAUCAGAGGAUGAGGAUGCGGUGGCCAAAGAGCCCCGCCCACUAUCAGCAGAAGCCGACGCCCUCUUGAGCCUGAUGGACGUCUGCACCUCCGCCUCGGAGCUGGCAGCCCGGCGGGAAACAGAGGCCGACAUGAAGAUGAAGGAAGCGGCGCUUACGCUGCUCUCCAUGGAUCCGGAUAUCGCACGCUCCUCGGAUCUAAUCUCCGAUUCUCAGGUUGCCAUGGAGACGCUUCCUACAGGCACAGGAAGUGCAUUGUAUUACGCUGUGACUGAGACGAACAGUGAGUCCGCCAGCGGCUCCUCAUCCCAGGAUGCAGCUGCAUCUGUCGCCACAGUGGAACCCAUGGAGACGGAGCCUCUCGGGUUGCAGGAAGUGACGUCAGAGGCUGGUGAUGAAAGAGACAAAGAGAGAGACUCACAGAUGCUUACAGCAGAUGCAGCUAAAUCCACGUUGAAGGUCACUGCAGACGCAGCCGAGUCCAUGCAGACCCUCACUGCAGACGUUAAUGAGUCCACACAGACCUUCACUGCAGACGCAGCUGAGCCAACGCAGACCCUCACUGCAGACGUUAAUGAGUCCACGCAGACCCUCACUGCAGACACAGCUGAAUCCGCACUGACAGUCUCUGCAGGCGCAGCUGAGCCAACGCAGACCCUCACUGCAGAUGCAGCCGAGCCAACGCAGACCCUCACUGCAGACGCAGCUGAGCCAAUGCAGACCCUCACUGCUGAUGCAGCCGAGCCAACGCAGACCCUCACUGCAGACGCAGCUGAGCCAAUGCAGACCCUCACUGCAGAUGCAGCCGAGCCAACGCAGACCCUCACUGCAGAAGCUGCUGAAUCCACAUUGACAGUCCACGCAGACCCAGCUGAGGCAACGCAGACCCUCACUGCUGAUGCAGCUGAAUCCACAUUGACAGUCCCCGCAGAUGCAGCCGAGCCAACGCAGACCCUCACUGCAGAAGCUGCUGAAUCCACAUUGACAGUCCCCGCAGAUGCAGCCGAGCCAACGCAGACCCUCACUGCAGAAGCUGCUGAAUCCACAUUGACAGUCCACGCAGACGCAGCUGAGCCAACGCAGACCCUCACUGCUGAUGCAGCUGAAUCCACAUUGAUAGUCCACGCAGACGCAGCUGAGGCAACGCAGACCCUCACUGCAGAAGCUGCUGAAUCCACAUUGACAGUCCACGCAGACGCAGCUGAGCCAACGCAGACCCUCACUGCAGAAGCUGCUGAAUCCACAUUGACAGUCCACGCAGACGCAGCUGAGCCAACGCAGACCCUCACUGCAGAUGCAGCUGAAUCCACAUUGACAGUCCCUGCAGACGCAGCUGAGGCAACGCAGACCCUCACUGCAGACCCAGCUGAGUCAGAGCAAACCCUCACUGCAGGUGCAGCCUUGUCAGUGCAGACUUUUUCUGCAGAUGCUGCCGAGCCCCUGCAGACCAUCAUUACAGACACUCCUGAGACAGUACAAACCCUCAGUGCAAACAUGGCUGAGUCAUCUGCGCAGGCUCUCACUGAAAACGCAGCUGAAUCAACGUCAACGGUUCCUGCAGAUGCAGCUGAGCCUGCGCAGCCCCUCACUGCAGACACAAAGGAGACAGAUACAGAUGAGCCUGUGCAGACCUUAAUGGAAUACACUGCAGUUUCUAUAGACGCAGCAGAGCCUGCACAGAUGCUUACGGCAGACACAGCUGAGGCCGCACAGACCUUUGCCGCAGACACAAAAGAGGCUGAUGCAGAUGAGCCCACGCAGACUCAUACAGUAGACACAGUUGAGUCUGAAAAGACAGUCACCACAGAUGCAGCCGAGCCUGCGCAGAACCUCAUUGCAGAUACGGCCGAGCCUGCGCAGACCUUUGUUGCAGAUACAGUGAAGCCUCUGCCGUCCCGCUCUGCAGACACAAAAGGGACUGAUGCCGAUGAGUCCAUGCAGACUCAUACAGUAGACACAGUUGAGCCUGUGCAGACAGCAACCACAGAUGCAGCUGAGCCUGCGCAGACCCUCAUUGCAGAUACAGAGGAGCCUGCGCAGACCCGCUCUGCAGACACAAAAGAGACUGAUGCAGAUGGGUCCACGCAGACUCAUACAGUAGACACAGUUGAGCCUGUGCAGACAGCAACCACAGAUGCAGCUGAGCCUGCGCAGACCCUCAUUGCAGAUACAGAGGAGCCUGCGCAGACCCGCUCUGCAGACACAAAAGAGACUAAUGCAGAUGGGUCCACGCAGACUCAUACAGUAGACACAGUUGAACCUGCGCAGACAGUCACCACAGAUGCAGCUGAGCCUGCGCAGACGGACUCUACAGAGACAGGUGGUGCAUCUGUCUCAGAUGAGCAGGAACAGAAGUCUUCAGACGCCUCUGAGACGGUGGAGCAGAAAGAGAGCGGCACACGGAGAGGACGAUCAUCUGCUCAGAGGGCAGCAAAUCAAACCAGAAACGAUAAUGAAAAAGAGCAAACAUCUAAUAAAGAGUGUGAUGAUGAUGAUGAUGAUGAAGAGGAGGAGGAGAGAUCUGGGGCGAGCAGGACUCCACGCAGAGGAAGAUCCUCCAAAGCAUCUGAUGCUCCACAGAGAGAAACGCGCUCUGCUUCACAACCGAAGGAGGCGGAGUCAGCUGUAGAGGAGGAGCCAAAAGAGCAGGGCCGCAGGAGUCGACGUUCCGCUGCUCAGAUCAGAGACACUCCCACAGUGAAACCUGCACUGAAACGGAAGAGAUCAGACGAGCUUGAGGUGAAGGAAGAACCAGAACAAUCAGCCAAACACAGAAGAGAUGAAGCGAGUCCGUCUGACGAUCAGGACGUGAUCAAAGCCAGCGAUGAAGAUGAGGAGAGGAAAGAUGAGGAAGAUGUGACUCGGAAACCUGCCCGCCGUGGACGACCCUCCAAAGCGUCCUCCGCCACUGAUGACUCGGAUACAGGAGCAUCAGAGAAAAGAGACGGAGAAAAGGAGGACGACGAAGAAGAGACCAAAACCCGAGCGACGACCCGCGCCGCGUCCCGUCUGGAGGCAGAGAAGAAUAAACCCAGCAAACCGUCCACUCGAGCUCUGAGUAAACUGAGCGGGAAAGAGGAAAACUCCCCGAACACACGAUCGGUGAGAGGACGGAAGCGCGACACGAGUCCUCCGGUCUCUCGCACACGCGGAGGGCAGAAACCUGACGAAGCGGCUGCAAAAAGAACCAAACGAUGAAUCAGCAUCACAGAUCUUCGUUUGAUCUCAUCAAAUUCAUGAUUGUUAGUAGUUUUAAGGUCAGAAAGUGUCUAUGAGCGGCUGAGAAACGAGUCUGAAUGAAGAGCUGAUUGUGUGUGUGUGUGUGUGUGUGUGUGUGUGUGAGUCAUUCAAUUCAUAAACGUUGUUGUUGUUUAUGAAAAAAUGCAGGUUUUACACCAUGAAAGUGUGUGUGUGUGUGUGUGUCAUAUUUCUGUCACCAUAAAGAUGCUCAUUCUGUGAAUGUCAUUAUUGUUCCAUUUUAUAUUUUUACCUUUUUAUUAUAAAUUGCAGUAUUGAUCGAGA